AGCUAUCGGGGAGACUAGUGAUCUCUUUUUAUCCAAAACAGCAAGAACCUUUGUAUACAGUAGAUAAUUUUAAUACAAAUUCUCAAUUGAUUGCACAGUGAUAUAAAUAAUAUCAUGACAGAUUACUUUAGCUUUUGAACCUACUGUUUUUCAAGAUUAUCAUCAUUUAAAGUGACAUUUCAAGUGACAUAAAUAUAUUCGAUAAAAUUCACAGUGUCCUGCAAUUUUAUAUGUCACAGGGGAAAAUAAAAUAAAAGCUUACUGACGUGUUAACAAAGAAUGAAAAGAAUCGAUUCACUCGAUAAAAUUCAUUAGUAUCGAACGCUUUUAUGUUUACGUGUAUAGUAAGUUGUCAUUUAAAAAUAUCGCGGCUAGGUAAAAUUGGGUUAUCUGGGGGAAUUAUCGAUGGAAAUUAAGGAGUGCGACCGAAACGUCAGAUUCCUAAAAAUGGAAAGUUGAAGACAACGGGUGCUUGAUACUGGUCUCGCGGAGGUACGAUACUAACGUGUACAGUCAGCAUGGAAAACUAAGCGUCGUGUCGUGCUCUGCUCCGUAAGGAUUGGCGGUCGGCUAGACCGCGGAAUGCGUAGUGCCCCGUGCAGCUGCAGGCAGACAGCUCAAUGCUACGGCAUGGCUUGCUGGACGGACUGAAAUCGGAGAUUUACAGAGGCGAAGUAAAAUCAAGUCCGCGUAAAAUGGCGCUAUCCUCGGCCGAGAGCACCUUAAUCAACGGCGAGGCUUCGCCGGGGUCCAGAGGUACGCCCGUGUUACGAACGGCACGUACAUCGCCAGUGUGAACGAUACCACCGUGUAUCUACGUACGUUUUCUCUAUUCACGGAAAUCUCUCGAGAGUCAAAUCGAAAACUCUUUCGCGCCACCUGCUAUAAUAAUUGCGACUGGCAAGUGAAAACGUCGUCGUCGUCGUCGUUGUCGAGGGAAAGCGUGAAAACUUGGAGCUGCCGAGAGAGUCGAAACACAGUGGAGGAGGAUAGAACUUUUUCCUCUGUCCCCGAGAGUUGAGUCUGAGCCUGUGUUUCGCACAUCUCGUCGUGUAACAUGGUCGUGUGUCGUCCCAUCGACAGUGCACAUCGGUAGACGCAGCGCGUAUAACCUCUCUGCUGACUCGCCACCCGUUCAACCGAUAUGUGAUUCUGAUUUGACUGGAAAGCAUCGUUGAUCGCCGAGGAUGAGGAACGAUAUCACAGACAUGCAUACGGUGAACGCUGAUAGCAGCACGGACGCCAUAUGGCUCGAGAAAAGAAGGAGCCCGUUGCAGACGGCGCCCGAUCAAGUGUCACUCACUUUUGAUAAAGUCGUUGUCAAACAAGAACUUCCCGAUGAGGCGGAGAUCCGAGAACUGGCUGCCAAAAUGGUGGAAGCAAACAAGGCGAAAAUGAUCACGGGGGUACCAUCGCCGCAACAGAGGCCUCCGCAGUGUCUGCUUCCGCAGUCAACACUUCCUGGUAUUCUGGGAUACUUGAACAAACGGCCAGCAGAUUCGUCAACCACCUCGGUGUCAACGAAACCUCCUUCGGCCGAAGGCAAAGUACCGCCGGAUGACGAGAGCCAACGAGGCCGAUUUGGAUGGACCAGCUUCGACGAUUGUCACAUACCUUAUAUAUUUCGUUCCGGCGAGAAGUACUGCGCUGUACGAAUUUUAGAGUCUAAGUUGCUGAAUAAGUACCUGAGUUACCUGCACUCGGAUAUCUACAGUUGUACGUGCAUAAGAAGUUACUACAUAACUGAGGCGGAGAGCAAGCUGUUCACCGACAUAAACGUGAAGCACUGCGAGAAUCAGUUCGGACGGGAGCCAUUCACGUGCAAAGACUUAGUGGUCCGGCUAUCGGACGCGAAGGAGUUUUAUACGUUUCUGGACGUGUGUUACACGAAAUUAACGGCCGGCACGAACCCGAACGUGUCCAAUGGACACAGGGCUGACAAAUGCGGGUUCAUUCGGAUAAACAAUGAGUCUGUGGUACCUUACACGGUGAAGGACGGCCUUCAAUACGUACCUUUGUUUUACUUCGAGGGCGAGACCGAGAAUCUCAAGUUAAAAGCGGAGAAGCUCGAAGGCUGGGACUUGUCGUAUCUAAAAUUUUGUUGCAAAGUACAGGGUAUUCGUAACGAACUGUUCGCCAGUGAGACAUGUUCAGUGAUUAGUUUGAAUGACAUUAAAAGUUAUUUCCCCCCUGGCACGGGAUUCGAAGAUUACUGGCCGACGAAAGUGAUGGACUCUCAAUUGUUAGUGAAUAGCAAAGGUGGUGGCAGCGGUGGCGGUUGGACCAAACAACCACCGACGCCACCGGCGAUCAAACAAGUUCCCGUGCAAAAUAACGCGAGUAAAGCGAAUGUCAACUCACGUGCUGCUCCUAUGCAUAACAUGCUACCACGUGGAUCCGUUGCGAAUACGUCGCAAGUGCAGCAACGAGUCAGCCAACCGAGACCCGUUUCGACCACUCAUCCUGCACAUUCGUCACCGACAGCACUGUCCUCAGGCAGGUCGAAUAUUGUCACACAACCAAUGUUGAACACGGUACAAAGUGUUAAUGGCUGGACGGGGCUUGUCGGUGGUCAACCCACCUUCCAAACGGCGCUUGUAUCUCAACCUAGUUCUAUUAUACGAAUGCCCUCAUCCCUAAACAUGCACAAUCAAAUAUCUACACCACCAAAAACUUAUUCGCAACAAUCUAGUAGAAGUAGAGGGGGUGGAGGUAGUGCAGCAGCUCAAUAUCCUGGAGUUUAUCCAGUUACAACUAUGCAGAAUGUUGCUCAGGCCCAACCACCCCCUCUUGUCAGAGCAACGGUUCACUCCAGUCAACCUAAUCUUGGGGUCACAUCAACAUAUACUACACCUUCGUUGGGUAUACCAAAUGCUGUUACAGCAAGUACAUACCCUCAAAUGCUUGGUUUAAGCGAACAAGUACAGGCUCUGAUGCCAUCGCCUACUUCGGUAUCUACACUGUUACAUCCACAAAGGCAUACACCAUCCGUACAUAAUACGUCUCAUGCGAAAUACCCACCACCAUUAAUACCAGUUAAUGGUAGUAACAACAGUUCCAGGGAUUCAAGGGGUAGAAAACCGUUGAUCCCAAUAUCAGAAACACAUAUAUCAACCUGUCAAGUUCAACCUUACCAAAUUCAAAAAGCGCUCGUUGAAGACAAAAUGGUACCUUGCAUUAAUUUCAAGCCGUAUAUAUAUUCUGAAUUGCUGAUGACACUCCCUGACUUUGUCGCUCAGUAUUUUCCUUCUUGCGACAUUAAUAGCUGUCGGCAAGUCCUCACAGACGUCUUGCACAUAGACUUGUAUCAAGGAAAUGGGCUACAAAUGAAAAUGUUAAAGGAUGCAGGGAAGUGUUCAUCAUUGAAUGAGGAACUACCAUUGAUACAAGUAAAAAGUAUAAUGAAAUACAUGCCCCAAUUGAAAUAUAUGUUUAAUAGAGGUAGUGAGAUGGUAAUGCCUGCACCUGCACAUUCCUCUGAGGAACACCCUGCCAAAAAGCGUCAACGCACCAGCUAGGACUGGCUACAGCCUUACUGGCCUAAUUACGAUUACUAUCAUUCGGCAAUUUAAAAAAAAUGCCGUUUACUUUGACUCAUGUGUAAGAAAUCAGCAUUAUUACAUGCUCUGAGAAUAUGUAAACCGGAACUAAUCUGUAUUGACAUGUGCCAGAAAGAGUGCACACAAUUGAAGAUUACCUUUUAUAAUACAAGGGAUCUGUGACAUACUGUGAGCUACUUCUUUCUCCAAAGUGUAUCGACAAGAGUACCCUUGUAAAUAAAACUGAGGUGUAUAAAACUAGUGUUGCACAGUUGACAGUUAGAUAUGCUUUUAUAUAUUAAGAUUAUUAAUACUUUUCUUUAAGAUUUUCCGUUUACAACUAGAGGUUGUCGUACAAACAACGUAGAC